AUGAGCCUCCUGCUUAUCAGAAAAAACCUUUCAUCCAUUUUCUCCAUCCUAUUGAUAUUGAUCAUCAUCACCCUCUUCUUUGAAACUAUUCAUGGAACACAUUUCAACGUCCGAAACCAAUGCCUCUUCACUGUCUACGCAGCCUCCCUUCCCGGCGGAGGUAAGCAGCUUCUACCAGGCCAAACUUCAACUUGGUCCUUUGACGUGAACAUGGGCACUUUCCCUGCCCGUAUUUGGGGACGGACCGGGUGCAGCUUCGAUGAAGCUGGACGGGGAAAAUGCUUAACAUGUGAUUGUGGAGGUCUCCUCAAAUGCCAAGAUUCUGGUCAACCCCCAUGCACCAUGGCUGAAUAUCAUCCAACUUUGAACAUAGAUUAUUUGGAUAUUUCUCUGGUUGAUGGGCUUCCUAUGGAGUUUAGUCCCACGGGUGGUGGGUGCGCUAAGGGGAUUCGAUGUGUGGCUGAUAUAAGUAGGGACUGCCCUUUUGAGUUGAGGGUACCCGGUGCGUGCAAAAACGCCUGCCUCUUCAACAAUGCUUAUGAUUUUGGCAGAUGUAGCGGCCCUACCAGCUACUCCAGGUUUUUUAAGGCUCGGUGCCCUGAUGCUUAUUCUUACCCUCACGAUGACGAAACCGCCUUCUUUUCAUGCCCAGGUGGGACUAACUAUAGAGUUGUCUUUUGCCCAUAA